GUUGGAAUUACCGGCAAGUACGGUACCCGUUAUGGUGCUUCCCUGCGUAAGCAGGUGAAGAAGAUGGAAAUCACCCAGCACGCCAAGUAUACUUGCACCUUCUGCGGCAAGGAUGCUGUCAAGCGUACUGCUGUUGGUAUCUGGAAGUGCAAGGGUUGCAAGAAGACCAUGGCUGGUGGCGCUUACACCGUCUCCACCACCGCCGCUGCCACUGUUCGUUCCACUGUCCGCCGUCUUCGCGAAUUGGCCGAGAUCUAA